AUGUACCAUGUGUAUUACCAUGCAUACCUUCAACUUUCAGAUUUAUUUUGUGACUCAGAGGGUUCCCACUGUUCANUAAAGGCAGUUGGUCACAUGUCAAAGGAAAUAUCAAGAAUUCUUGAUAGAAGACUGGAAUUGGUCAAUGUGACUAAAACAGACGGUGGAGACUACAUAUGUUCUGCUAAGAACGUUCUUAGCAUGGAAUCAGCCCAUGCGCAAGUUAUGGUGUUCGACGAACUUAAGUUUACAUUACCUCCACCUAGUAAAAGCGAAGCCACAACCUCAGAAAACGUGUUACUGACUUGUGAAGCACAAGGGGCAAGAGAAGUUGUGUGGCAGAGGAAAGCACAAGGUCUGCCUUCAGGUCACGUAAUUCAUUCAAAUGGCUCCCUGCUUCUUAAGAAUGUUUCCCCAAAUGAUUCUGGAUCGUACACUUGCAUCGCGAGAAAUUUUUAUCGCUCCAUCACAGCAACUACUGUGCUUGAGAUUCAAGGACCGAUAUCUUGUAGUGACAUGAAAACACUCAAUCGAGCAACAACAUCAGGAACCUAUAUGAUUGACCCCGAUCGUAAAGGGGGAGUGACACCCUUCAAGGUGUACUGUGAUAUGACUGACAAAGGUGGAGUUGGUGUAACGCUCAUUAGUCACGAUACUGAGAGAAGAACCUUUGUAGAUUACAAAUCGGGUGGAUGUCGCGGGAAAGGAUGUUACAGUAAAGAUGUACGAUACACUGGAGUCAGCAUCGCUCAAUUGGCAGCACUAACUCGAGUCUCACAAAAUUGCGAACAGUUUCUUAAUUUUGAGUGUACCGCUGGUGUGGGAUUUUUCGAGACAGGUGUUGCUUGGUGGGUGUCACGGAGUGGAACGCGGAUGAACUAUUGGGGAGGAGCUACAGGACAUGACAAUAAGUGCGCAUGCGGAGUAACAAAUUCUUGUUCCAGCGGUUUCAUGUGUAAUUGUAGAGGCCGUUUCAGUGGCUGGAAAGAGGAUGGCGGUCUGUUGACAGACAAGUCUGUUCUACCUGUGACACAAAUUAGACUCGGAGACCUGAAUGACCCGCACGAAAAAGGAUAUUAUACAUUGGGAAAACUUAAGUGUUAUGGUGUGGCUUAACGUUACACUUCGUGAGGGUGACCGGGCCUUUAAAAGUUUUACAAAUUUGUAUUGACUCCUUCGUAUGACCGCAGUAAAUAAAGUCGCAUGUGAUAUUGUAAACUUCAUUGCCACGGCUUGUAGAUGUGAUCCGAAUAAUUUUGAGCAAUCAUUAGAGCUAAUAAAAAAACUAAGUGUAAAUUUUC